CAAUGCUUAUAAAAUCCUAAUUCCUAGAUUUACAAAAUUUACUAAAUCCUUCAAAAGUAAAAUCCUUCUUUUACAAAAACAGCCCCUUAGGUUUUUAACGCGCAGCAAAUUCUAACCCUUGAAGGUUUCUUAAAACUAUAAAGUCUGCUAGUCACGUCUUCUUAUCUACUCUCUCUCUCUCUCUCUCUCGAUGACAAAUAUAAAAUUGCUGCCAUCUCCAGUGAUCUCCAUGCUCCUCCUACCUUGCUUCACAACCCUCUUCUUCCUCAUCAAACCUCUUUUAAAAAUCCUUCUUACCCAGGAAACAAUGUCCCUCACAUGGCCAUUGAACUUCGACUCCAUCGAUCGCUAUCUCAGCGUUUUUGAUCAAGACUUGUCCAUCUUAGAUACAGAUGUCGGAAUCUCUAAGUACAGACAAACACCAGGGGAACAACUGAAGUGUGUUUUCUGUCUCUCAGAUAUCAGCGAAGGAGAGGAGAUCCGAAAACUAAGGUGCGGCCAUAUUUUUCACCGGAUUUGCUUAGACAAAUGGCUCAAGUAUCAGAGGGUCAGUUGCCCUCUAUGUCGCUCUUCUUUGGCUUCAUUAGAGGUGAAGGAGAAGCUUGAUGAGGCAUGGGAGGAAGAGCCUGAGGAUUCUGGUCCUCCUCUACUGGCUUUUGUUCAAAGUGAAUGGUGGGGGAGAUGUAUAUAUUCUCUUGGUUGAAAGAGGAUUUGUAGGUGGUUUGCCUCUGUAGCUAGCUUAGAAUCACAGCUGGAAGAAAGAUUAUUGUUGCAAUAACUGUUAGUUAGUCUUCUCUUUUUCUUCAUUUGCCUGAACUGCUGGUUUGAUAGCUUAUGAUCCUUUUUCAUGUACAUAAAUAAAAAUUGGACACUUCUCCUUUCUUUUUUCCUCCUUCAA